AUGAAACUGAAUUCAGGAAUAACAGGAGAUGAGACAAUUGUCAACUGGACUAAUUAUGUUAAAGAAGUAACUCAUUGGUUUAUUACAUCUAAACAAAUAGGAGGCGAGGGGCAUGUAAUUCAAGUAGAUGAAUCGUUAUUUGGUGGUCAUCGAAAGAAUAAUGUAGGAAGACUUCUUAGGAUUGAACUCAAAUCUCAACAAGAGAAAUAA